GCAGCAGGAGUGUUCUUUGCCGGAAACAUCCAAACCAAAAAUCAAAAUUACUGUGUUUUUUCAAUAAUUUCUUACAUUAGAAAGUGUUCUGACUUGACCUUCUUGUCAGCGUCGAUCAACUUAUCAAGCAACAUGAGCCGUUGGGAUCAGAAAACUGAAGGACACUCGCGCUCACGUAGGGAUGGUCCCACGGAUCGUACCCGGAGCAGGAGUAGAUCCCGUAGCCGUUCAACUUCACCAGUUGAACGACGUCUGCGGGAGAUAGAUGAGGACCGUCAACGAAAGGAACGGCUGCUGAGAGACACGACAGCUCAACAACUACCUAACCGUCGGGACAGUGGCAGUUCCAGUGGGGAUUCAAAUGAUGGUUUUCAACCCGAGACUGCACUACCGGCACCUCCGGUUAUACCUAAAGUAGGAUUUAGCUUCCAGAAACCUGCUAGCAAUGCAAAGAUAGGUACCAAUAGCCUAUCCGCCAGUUUCAAAAUGCAGAAACCCAAACCGAUGGCGAUUCAGAUGAAGCUUGGAGCAGCACCUAAGAAAGAAAAGCCCAAGCUAUUGAAGCAGGUGGCUAAUGCUUUUGCUGGAGAAGAUAGUGAUGAUGAACCGGAGGAAAUGCCCGCCGAGUGUCGGAUGAGGAUGAGAAAUAUUGGGCGGGAUACACCCACUUCGUCGGGACCAAACUCUUUCGGUAAGACCAAGCAUGGAUUCUGCGAUGCCAAGAAAAUAUUCGAAAAAAAGUUGAAUACUCUGAACGAUAGAUAGACUAGCCUGAAGUCGCUAAAGCACAAUUAACUGUCCGCACUGCUAACUAUCGCCUAUUAUAGAAUGAGAUUUAACGUUCUUUACUCUCGAAGUUACUUCCGUAUUCUUCUUUUCAAAGACUUGCAUUACAGCUACAUAAAUUACUGUUUAUUAGGUGUGUUCUCAUUUUAUAAUGGCUCAUUUGAUUCUAUUGUGAGUUGUAUCAACGAUUAAUACUGGAAUAAUUACUCUGUUUUAAUGGUAGGUGCAAUCGGCGCCUAACUUUUAUUACUAGAAUUUAGAUCAAUAUGA